GCAAUGAGCUUUGCACUUUGAUUAGUAUCAGAUACCUCAGAAUACAACUUACGUUAUUCUAUUUAUUCACAUAACACACAUAACGCAUGAUCAUUUAUUGUUAAUUUUAUUAAUAUUUUAUUGAAUGAACGAAACAAAACUAAACAAGUGAUCACAAUUCUUGGACUUCGUAUAAUAUGAAGCGGAGGUUGAAGCAGAUAUGAAAAAAAUGAAAUACGAAUCUCGUGACGUAUGUCGUAGUCGAAUCCUAGUAGAAAAUCUGUCCAUAAUUUUUAAAAUUAUUUACGAAUGUCGUUACUUUAUUUGGAUUUUUUAAAAUUAAUUCGCCUUCUAUAUUUAUAACCUACUCCCCAUCUGUAUCAUUUUAAGUGGUUUUUGAAGUUUUUGCACAUGUAUUAAAAAAAUACAAAUUUCUAUAUAAUUUAUCUUGGUUACAUAAAAAUAUCAAUAAAUGAAAUUAAUUCAACCAAUAAAAAAAAGUUCAGUAUUUUGUAGUUGGUCAUAAAGUUCAAAUGAUAUUAAAUUCUACAUAUAAUAAUAAAAACAUCAGUUAUUUUGAAACAAUUUUUUUUCCUAAACAACAUUUAGAGUGAUAUGGAGUAUCAUUUUAAAAUAGUUUUUGACCCGUAAUUAAUUCGCUUACCAUAUUUAUAACUAAUCAUAUUUAUAACCAAUUUCACACCAUAUUUAUAACCGACCAUAUUUAUUAUAUAAGAUCGUUAUUUAAAAAGAAACAAAUCUAGUCAUCUUUUAUUAUACAUGAUUCCUGAGAAAUUGCCACUUAUACCAUUUUCAUGGUGCCACUUUCAUGUUUACACUAAUCAUUUUUACCAUCACUUUUAAUAAAGGGUAAAAAACAUUUAUACCCCUUUAACUAACAUUGACCAAAAAAAUCAAUGAUUAACUACUAAACUUAAAACCUAAACUCUAAACCCUAAACUAUCAACUAUAGACCAUGAAAUAUCAAUUCUAAACCCUAAAUCCUAAAACAUCAAAUCUAAACCUUAAACUCAAAAACAUCAAUUCUAUACCCUAAACCAUAAACCUUCAAUUCUAAACACUGAAACAUCAACUCUACACCCUAAAUUCUAAACCUUCAAUUCUAAACCCUAAAACAUCAACUUUAGACCCUAAAACUAAAUCCUAAACCCUAAAACAUCAAAUCUUUACCCUAAACCCUAAACCCUAUAUUAUUCCGAAAUUCAAACUCUAAACCCUAAAACAUCAAAUCUAAACCCUAAAACCAUAAUUUUUUUUGAAAUUCAAACUCAACCGUAAAACCCUAAAUUUUAGGGUUUAGGGUUUAGAAUUGAUGUUUUAGGGUGUAGGGUUGAUUUUUAGGGUUUAGGGUUUACUUUUUAGGGUUUAGGGUUUAGAGUUGAGGUUUUAGGGUUUAGGGUUUAGAAUUGAUGUUUUAGGGUUUAUGUUUAAUUUUGAGGGUUUAGGGUUUCGAUUUGAGGUUUAGGGCAUAGAUUUGAUGUAUAGGGUUUAUGGUUUAGAUUUGAAGUUUAGAGGUUUAGAUUUGAUUUUAGGGUUUAGAAUUUAGGGUUUAGGGUUUAAUGUUGAUGGUUUAUAGUUUAGAGUUGAUUUUAGUAUUUUAUUAUAAAUAUAAAAAACAAGGGUAUAAAAAUCUUUUACCUUUUAAUGAAAAGUGUAUUUUUAAAAAUAUACAUUUGUUUGUGGUAAAGAUGAAAAGUGAUACUACCAAAGUGGUAUAAUUGAAAUUCCCCCCCAUGAUUCCUUUUCGUUUUUUUUUUUCUAAAUGGCCAAAGAAUGCGGCUACAAACCAACAACUUAUGAUCAUAUGACAAAAACUCAUGGGUAAUUUUGUAAGGUUUCCAUAUUAAAUAUCAGUCACGUAUUUCUAGCUAUUUACGUAAAAACUGUUAACAAUAAAUUACACAAAAUUGGUCAAAUAAGAACAAUGACUAUAAGUAUGGCGGACUUUAAGAUCCACUGUGUAUCCAUUUCAGUUUCAGCUCUCUUUCUGUAUUUUUUCUUUCCUCAUUCACUCCAGAUUCAAAAAGAAAAAACAGUUUAAGAGUCUGAAUCUUACAUAAAAUAUUUUUUCUUUCUUUCUUUCCACCGAAAUAAGAAAAUGGGAUCAGAAAACGGUGACGAUGGGCUUCGCCGGAGAGGUUGUUCAUGCACGAAAGAUGAUUUUCUCCCGGAGGAAUCGUUCAAAAGCAUGGGGAAUUACUUUAAAGCUCUUAAAGAGACACCGAGUCGGUUCGUAGACCGUUUACUGACUCGGUCACAAGACUCGGUGGAGAUUCAUGAUAUGAAGGCACGUAGUGGUCACGAAAUGAAGAAAACGUUAACGUGGUGGGAUCUGAUGUGGUUCGGGGUCGGUGCAGUCAUCGGCUCGGGAAUAUUCGUUCUUACCGGACAAGAAGCACGUGACAGUGCUGGUCCCGCUGUUGUGGUGUCCUUUGUAGUCUCAGGUGUCUCGGCUAUGCUCUCCGUGUUUUGUUACACCGAGUUCGCCGUGGAGAUUCCUGUCGCAGGUGGUUCUUUUGCCUACUUGAGAGUGGAGCUAGGCGACUUCAUGGCUUUCAUCGCCGCUGGAAAUAUAAUCCUCCAGUACAUAGUCGGUGGAGCUGCCGUGGCUCGGUCAUGGACCUCUUACUUCGCCACUCUCUUAAACCAUAAACCUGACGACUUCCGAAUAGUAGCUAACAGUCUCCACGAAGACUAUAACCACUUAGAUCCAAUCUCCGUUGGCGUUUGCGCGAUCAUUUGCGUUUUAGCCGCUAUUGGCACAAAAGGCUCAUCAGUCUUUAACUACAUCGCUUCCAUCAUCCAUAUGCUUGUGAUUCUCUUUAUAGUCAUAGCAGGAUUUAUUAGAGCUGAUUUCAAAAACUACUCCGACUUCGCUCCCUUUGGAGCUAGAGGAGUGUUUAAGUCUGCUUCGGUUCUUUUCUUUGCUUAUAUUGGAUUCGAUGCGGUUUCAACCAUGGCUGAGGAGACUAAGAAUCCUGGGAGAGACAUUCCCAUUGGUCUUGUUGGAUCGAUGGUUCUUACUACGGUUUGUUAUUGUCUCAUGGCGGCUGCGUUGUGUCUUAUGCAACCGUAUGGGAUGAUUGAUCCUGAUGCGCCGUUUUCUGUCGCGUUCUCUGCGGUUGGAUGGGAUUGGGCUAAGUACCUGGUUGCCUUUGGUGCUCUUAAAGGUAUGACGACCGUAUUAUUAGUUGGAGCCAUCGGUCAAGCAAGGUACAUGACGCACAUAGCCCGAGCACACAUGAUGCCACCAUGGCUAGCUCAUGUCAACGCAAAGACCGGAACACCCAUUAACGCGACAGUGAUUAUGCUGACCGCGACAGCUCUCAUCGCAUUCUUCACAAAAUUAGGAAUCCUAGCCGAUCUCUUAUCCGUGUCCACACUUUUCAUCUUCAUGCUCGUCGCGGUGGCUCUCCUCGUUAGGAGAUAUUACGUCACCGGAGAAACAUCUUCCAGUGACCGGACCAAGUUCUUAGUGUUCUUAGGUUUGAUUCUUGCAUCCUCUGCUGCGACUGCUGUCUAUUGGGCCUUGGAAAAGGACAGUUGGAUUGGUUAUUGCGUUACGGUUCCUAUAUGGUUCUUGUCUACCGCUGGGAUGAAGUUUCUUGUGGCACAAGCUAGGGCUCCAAAACUUUGGGGUGUUCCUUUGGUUCCGUGGUUGCCUUCUGCUUCCAUAGCUAUUAAUAUCUUUCUUCUUGGUUCGAUCGAUGCGAAAUCGUACAUCAGGUUUGCGAUCUGGACUGGUGUUCUUCUUGUUUACUACUUUUUGUUUGGGUUGCACGCAACUUACGAUACUGCGAAGGAGACACUAAAGGAGAAGAUGGCGUUGCAGAAUGCUGAAGAAGGUAGUGUUGCUGCGGAGAGUUCUGGUGCUGUAACUUCAGAUCACUAGCUAGCUUGUUUUAAUAAUUGUGACAAAAAUUUGAUAGAAUUUUUAGUAAUUGGAUUUGAAUAGGAGAAGAAUUUUUUCUUUAGAAUUAAUGGAUUGGCCCAACAUCUUCCAGGGACCGGACCAUAUUCAUAAACCACCUUUGAGUUAGUGGUAAUAAAAAGAUUCUGUAGAAAUAGAUAUUUUGUGAUCCAAGAACACAAGCUCGAUUACAUGACCAAAGAAUCAGAUUCAAUAGGUCGACGACAAAUAUAGUAACUUGAUUAAGGAAAAAAAAAUUAGAAGCCAAGAGGUCAAUAGAAAGAUUCUAGCCACAAGUCAGUCUUGGAUUCUCUCAAGACUAGACUUCAUGAGUUCUCAAACUAUGAUGUUCCUUGGAGAACGUGGUCUGCUUUGUUGCUUUAGGACUCUUGCCAUUACAUUCUACAGUAGGCCUGUAGAUAACCGAUAACCAAAAACCAAACUGAAACCAAACCGAAUAAACUGAAGUAGAUCUAGACAAGUUCAUGUGCAUUGCAUUAUUACGCAGAAGGCUGAUAUGAAGUAAAUAACAUAAGAAAGUAGUUUAACCUUAUCCUGAACUUGACUGUAGUUAACUGAAAGGUGGGGUAUAUCGGUCUUUACAAACAUAUAAACAGAUGAAAAGCAAACUUAACCAC